CGGAAACGGAGGACCACUAUUGGGUCGUAGAGUUGCCGAAAGCGAAGGAGGGCGCCGAGUAUGGCGUGAUGGACGAGAAGGAGACCGAGACGUUUGUCCUGUUUAAGGGUCUCAAUCUCCACCAGGGCGACGUGAUUCGCGGGCGUGCGACGCGCAUUUGGAAGGCAUGGUUAAUCGAAGAUUUGGUCUUGCCGAAGGAAGAACGUCGCCUGUUCAUUGUGAAGGACACGUGGCGCGAUGAUGAGCGUCGUCCCGAAGGCGAGUUUUAUAUGCAGAUAGGACGCGUCCCAGGGGUUGCGGCAAUGCGGUCCUAUGGAGUAGUGCGCGUCGAUGGCCAGGAAGACACUGUCAUGUCGCGAAUCCGUCGCGGUCUGCAAGUCCACGCGAGGCCGCGCUGCAUCGACAUGUCUCAAAAGGAUACCGAUCCACAGACAAAUCCCUCGUCAACACCUGACAGAACGCGGAGAAACUCGACGGACUACGGGUGUCUCGUCGACUACCUACCUCCCAUCGAUGCGCCGGAACGAUCACCCCGAGGGCGGACACAUUCAAGACUGGUCAUGGAGACGUACGGAUGGCCGAUCAAGAUGGCACUUACCCCUCUCGAAACAGUCCAGGCCAUGCGUGACGCGCUCGCUGGGCAUUGGACGGCAUACAAGAAGGGCGUACUACACGGGGAUAUCAGUGACGGCAAUAUCCUCAUCACAGGAAGCAAAAAAAGUAGGUUUCCGGGGCGUGGUCAUCGAUUUCGACCACGCGAAGACUGUUGACGAUCGCACACUUGCUGACGAUCCAAUUUCGGGCACGCGACCGUACAUGUCCGGAGAGAUCCUCCGAGGUAAAAUGUACUUCUUGAAGGCCCCGGUCAGCCAGCCCCGCGGUGCCAGUGAGCUCAACAUUUUUGCGGCGAGAAGACGUGUAGUCGGGAACAAGCGCAAAGAAGAUGUCAGCAACGUCACCCACAAACAUACGUUCUACCACGACUUGGAGAGCUUCUUCUGGGUUCUCCUCUGGAUU